GUAAACUGAAACGGCAGUUUAUACAUUUAGCACUGCCUAUCUUGUUUAAGUUACCGAAACCAGCGUUUGGACAAAGUGAAAACACAUGAUUCGUCCUCGAACUACUUGCAGGGGAUUUAUUUUGCAAAUCUUACAAAUUAAUUCCAAAUCUUAAUCCACAUGAUUAAGAUAGCUUUCUAGCUAGCUAACUAGAGCAUUACUGUAUGAUAAUGCAGGGCGAUUAGCAUACAUGUUAGCUAACAGUUAAUAUUUCUGUAGGCUAGUUUCUCUUCCAGGGAAUAAAAGCUGCAAAUUAACGUUAAGUUACAGUUGUUGCUGUAGCUAUCUUUCUGCAAAAUGACUUCCGCUUUGGAGGACCCAACACUGGAGAGGAAUUUCAAAGGCCAUAGAGACACCAUCACCAGUGUCGACUUCAACAGCAAUAUGAAACAAAUUGCUACUGGCUCCAUGGACUCCUGCUUAAUGAUCUGGAAUACGAAACCGCAGAUGAGGGCCUAUCGCUUCGUUGGACACAAGGGCGCCGUGAUGUGCGUUCAGUUUUCACCGUCAGGCCACCUUGUGGCGUCUGCAUCCAGGGACAAAACUGUGCGUCUCUGGGUACCCUGCAUGAAGGGCGAGUCGACGGUGUUCCGGGCCCACACGGGGACCGUCCGCAGCGUUAACUUCUCCAGCGACGGCCAGACGCUCGUCACCGCCUCCGACGACAAGACCGUCAAGCUGUGGACCGUUCACCGGCAGAAGUUCCUCUUCUCCCUCAACCUGCACAUCAACUGGGUGCGCUGUGCCAAAUUUUCACCGGACGGGCGGCUCAUCGUUUCUGCGAGUGACGACAAGACGCUGAAGAUCUGGGACAAGACGAGCCGCGAGUGCAUACACUCCUUCUACGAGCACGGCGGUCAUGUGACUCACGUGGACUUCCACCCCAGUGGGACCUGCAUCGCGGCUGCCAGCACAGACAACACGGUCAAAGUGUGGGACAUCCGCACCCACAAGCUCCUGCAGCAUUACCAAGUGCACAGUGCUGUAGUGAACGGGUUGUCCUUCCACCCCUCGGGGAACUACCUCAUAACCGCCUCCAACGACUCGACGCUGAAGAUCCUGGACCUGGUGGAGGGAAGGCUGCUCUACACACUGCACGGACACCAGGGCCCGGCGACGUGUGUGGCCUUCUCCAGGACGGGGGACUCCUUCGCCUCUGGAGGCUCCGACGAACAGGUGAUGGUGUGGAAGACGAACUUCGACGCGGAGGAUUACGGGGAGGUGCUGCGCCUUCAGCAGAGGUCAGGAAGCGUUGAGGGGGCGGCGCUGAACGGUGACUUCCAUGGCAAGGCCUCGCUACACGGCUCUGCCGCCCAGCUUCCAAACCAGGCCGGGCCGGAGCCGUCAGACGGCCGGGGGUCUCGGCCCGGGAGGAGCCGGAGCUUCAGCAGGCCCUCGCAGGCCUCCCCAGGGCCCGGCGCCCGGCCCUCCUCCUCCAGCCAGCGGCACCCGCAGCCUGAGCCCGACCCCCAGCCCACGGUGCCCCCCGCCCUGGCCAGCACCCUGGAGCACAUCGUGAGCCAGCUGGACGUCCUCACACAGACGGUGGCCAUUCUGGAGCAGAGGCUGACUCUGACGGAGGACAGGCUGAAGGAGUGCGUCGACACCCAGCACAAGAUCAGCCAGCAGCUCCAGCUCCAAGACCCAGGACCCAGCCCCUGAGGGGGAAGACCUGGAGCCCGGCCCUCCCUCUCUCUCCACUUCCUGCUCUCUCUAUCCCUCUCUUUCUCUCUAUCCCCUCCAUCUCUCUCCAGCUCUCCCUCCCCCCUCUCUCCUCCUCUCUCUCUCCCUCUCUUGCUCUAUCCCCUCCAUCUCUCUCCAGCUCUCCCUCCCCCCUCUCUCCUUCUCUCUCUCUCCCUCUCUUACUCUCUAUCCCCUCCAUCUCUCUCCAGCUCUCCCUCCCCCUCUUUCCUCUCUCCCUCUCUUUUUCUCUGUCCCCUCCAUGUCUCUCCAGCUCUCCCUCCCCCCUCUCUCCUUCUCUUUCUCUCUAUCCCCUCCAUCUCUCUCCAGCUCUCCCUCCCCCCUCUCUCCUUCUCUUUCUCUCUAUCCCCUCCAUCUCUCUCCAGCUUUCCCUCCCCCCUCUCUCCUUCUCUUUCUCUCUAUCCCCUCCAUCUCUCUCCAGCUCUCCCGCCCCCCUCUCUCCUUCUCUCUCUCCUUCUCUCUCUCUCUGUUUCUGUUUAUCUCUGUCUCAUGCGUUUCAUCCCAAUGAACUGAGCUGACCCUCAGCCCCAGCCCACCCGCCACCAGCCCGUGAUUCAUCCUCUCCAGCGCGCAGUGGGGGCCUGUGUCAGGAUCCGGGCUGUGUGCUGCGGUACCCUAUAGCUUCCUCACUCAUAGCCGUAAGGUCUGUGUGCUGCAGUCGCCUAUAGCCUCCUCAGUCAUAGCCGUAAGGUCUGUGUGCUGCAGUCGCCUAUAGCCUCCUCAGUCAUAGCCGUAAGGGCUGUGUGCUGCAGUCGCCUAUAGCCUCCUCACUCAUAGCCGUAAGGGCUGUGUGCUGCAGUACCCUAUAGCCUCCUCACUCAUAGCCGUAAGGGCUGUGUGCUGCAGUCGCCUAUAGCCUCCUCAGUCAUAGCCGUAAGGUCUGUGUGCUGCAGUCGCCUAUAGCCUCCUCAGUCAUAGCCGUAAGGUUUCUGUGCUGGAAACCGUUUCACGUGAAGUUAACAUGAUCAA